ACACACACAAACUUCAAUGUGAGUUCAGGAUAUAGCGUGACGUUUGAGUUCAACUUAGGACCUUGAAUGUGGACGUGUCGGAGAUUGUCCCUGUUUGUCGAAUUCAUUCACUAUGAAAUCCCCCAAAGCUUUCUUUUAAUUGCAUGAAAAUUGUGUGUAUUUGUUUGUCAGAAACCUUAAUGUGUUUGUUUGUUUGAUGCCCUUGCCUCUUGGAAAAGAGAUUUCAAAUGGUCUGUUCAAUCAUCUCUCUCUCUCGCUCUCGCUCUCUCUUUCUCUGUGUCGUCCUCUCUCCCCCCCUCAGCUCCUCCCCCAGGUGAUGUCAGAGCAAGGGAAGGGCUUCGUCUUCGACUCGGACCUGAGGGAGCUCUACUCCGCCGUCGUCGCCCACGGAAACCCGGGCAAACGCAAGCGCCCCUCCUCCCCCUCCUCCCCAUUGGCUACCGAGGGACGGGAGGUGGAGCUUGCGCCGAGCCAAACCCCGACUCCAGGGGGCGCCGACGCCAGAGGGGAAGCCCCGCCCACCAGGUCCGUCCAGGUAGAACCAGGAGCUAAUCAGGAGUCGCCAAGAAGCAAGAUGGCCGAGCGACAGGCCGAGGGCGUCCGGACGCAGACUAGACCAAAGAAGAAGAAGGCUGUGGGUCUGUUCCGCUGAGGGAUUGAGCCGGGAUCCACAGACCAACGCUCUGUUUUUAAUUGUUUGUUUUAAACUUUUUUAUGAUGUUUUAUUUGUUCAUGAGUUCAUGAGUGUGUGGGUAAGGGAUAUUAAAGGGGUUUUGAGAUUAGUUUUUUUUUUUGCUUCUGCUGAUGAAUUGAUUUCGGAUUUCUCAUUGUCAUUAUCUGAGAAAAAAAAAACGAAGACUUUGGUAUGUUUUAAAUGAAAUGUAAAGGAAUGAACCGAUAAAAUAUGUAUUUUACUUUUGAAUUAAAAAACUACAAUAUAUAUAUAUUAUUUGUAUUUAUGUUCAGAAAAAAAUCCAAAAUAUCAUUAACGUUUUUUCUUUGAUUAUUAACAUCCGAUCUUCCAAGAACGAAAUUUCUGAAACGUUUAUUGUGGAUUUAUGCUUUUUUCCCCGCACGCAUUUAAGUGAAGUGUAUUGAUCAGCCUCCGCUCAGACUCCGGCCUCGAUUAGUUAGACGGCCCCACACCGCCCCCUCUUCUUCGGACGGGCGUGAGAUGUUGACUCAAGGAGUUGCAGCAUCAACGGAAUGCUAUUGAAGUCAAAGUCACUGUUUGCAUCCAUGGAUACAAAGUGUGUGUGCGUGCGUGUGUGUGUGUGUUGCCGGUCUGGCUGUAUCGCUUUGAUCCCAAUAUGAGGGGAUAUGAACGUGUGAAAUGUGUUUGCGUCUUUAAUCGACUGAAGACAUUGAACGUUUGCGUCACCAUUGUGUGUGCUUGUGUGCGUGAGAGCAAGAGAAAGAGAGACAGACAAAGAGGGUGAGAGAUUUGUCCAGUCUGUCUCAAAAGCUCUGCCACUGUUUUUAAUUGUUUGUUUUGAACUUUGUUAUGAUGUCUGACUUUGAGGAAUGGUAAGGGAAACUUUAAGGUUAUUUUUUGGUAAUUUGGGGUUUGAGAUGAGUUUCUUGUCGCUUUGGAUUUUGACGUAAAAAUACGUUUCAGAUUCCAAUCUAAAACGUAAAGUCAAAUCUCACAAGUGUGGCGUGUGUUCCAACUCAACUCUAUCUAACAUCCCUCUCCCUAAACACUCCCCCUCCUCCCUUUCUCCCCCAUGUUCCAUAUCUUGCCCAGGCUGUCCCAACCACGAGCUGUGCGCGCAGAGUAUGCUCCUUGUUUCAGGUGCGCGAUCCUUUUAUACGCGCACCUUUUUACGCACACACCUGACCUGGUUCAAAGUGCCUCUUAUCCGUAUCGCAGUCCCCGCUAGACCCGGGUCAGGUUCGACCCGUCGUCUGGCUACAGCCACCUUUUCUCCGGCGAGGCUGCGGGAAAGAGAUGAAGGGAGGAGACGCGACGUGCCACCGUGCGGGGAGGGGCGCAAGCGGUGGUGGAGCUGGAGGAGGACGGGAGGACUCGCUCCUAAGACUUGGAGGGCGCGGUCUUCGCUCUCCACGCGCACUUCGUUUAUAUUCCAAUUCUUCCCCCGGUUCCAUUUCUGCCAGCUGCCCUUGCGCAACGCAGGGACUACCCUCCAGUGGGGAAGAGAAACACAGAAACCGCGCGCGGUGACAGCGACACCCCUCCUCUGUCUGACCGCCGCCUGCCCACGCGCGCCGUGUAGUGGGAUAUCUUUGUGUGCACCCCCCCCCCCCCCCCCCCCCCCCUCCCUUCCUCUGAGGGGCCGUUUCUCACCGUCCGACACGGGUUCGAACCCCCGCUUUGAACGCUCGUGCCAAAACAAACGGACCUCGGCUAUUUAUUGCCCCCCCCUGUCUCCACGUACCCCGCGGAGUGGGGAGAGCACACUGAGACAAAUCGGAGCCCGUUUAGGUACCCCCGCGCGUCUCCAAACCAGAGCGGAGCGGUGCGCUUUUUACGCUUGAGGAAAUGGCCAAUUCCGGGGACUCGUUGGACCCGCUGGAUCCGGUUCAUUUGAUCACACGGUAGAGCUCCACGCAACAAAACAACUACAAUAACAUCAACAACGACAGAGAGCUCCCGGGAUAAGGUUUAAAAUACGGUUUGGUUCUGAUUCCGCCGACCUGCACCGGAAACCGCCGGCGGGGUUUGGAAUGCGGCCCGCGGCGCUGUUGACGCAUCUCGUCCUCCUCCACCUCCUCCUCCUCCUCUUCUGCUCCCCGGCGGUGGAGGGCUGCGGGCCGGGCCGGGGCUAUGGCCAGCGGCGGCCCCCCCGGAAGUUGGUGCCGCUCGCCUACAAGCAGUUCAGCCCAAAGGUGGCGGAGAAGACGCUGGGCGCGAGCGGGAGGUACGAGGGCAAGAUCACGCGGAGCUCGGAGCGCUUCAAGGAGCUCACGCCCAACUACAACCCGGACAUCAUCUUCAAGGACGAGGAGAACACGGGCGCGGACCGCAUGAUGACCCAGCGCUGCAAGGACAAGCUUAACUCUCUGGCCAUCUCCGUCAUGAACCUAUGGGCAGGGGUUCGGCUCCGCGUGACGGAGGGGUGGGACGAGGACGGACACCACCUGGAGGAGUCACUCCACUACGAGGGCCGGGCCGUCGACAUCACCACCUCCGACCGCGACCGCCACAAGUACGCCAUGUUGGCGCGGCUGGCCGUAGAAGCGGGCUUCGACUGGGUCUACUACGAGUCCAAGGCGCACGUGCACUGCAGCGUCAAGUCAGAACAUUCCGUGGCUGCAAAAUCCGGCGGUUGUUUCCCUGGCGACGCCUUGGUUACCACGGAGACCGGCGGCCGGACAGCCCUCCGCGACCUCCAACCCGGGGACCGUGUCCUCACCGCAACCUUUGACCCCGCCCACCUGGUCUACAGCGAGGUCCUGACCUUCCUGGACCGCGACCCCGCGACCCGGAAGCUCUUCUACACCAUCCACACCCACUCCGGCUCCGCCCUCUCACUGACCGCCGCCCACUUGCUCUUCGUCGCCCGCGGCAACUGCACGGAAGGGGCGGAGCCGACCCCAGGCGACGCCAUGAUGGCGGUGUACGCCAGCGACGCCCGGCCGGGGCAGUGCGUCCUGGUGGUCGCCCCCGCCAACAGCGACAGCGGCGACCAGGGGGGCCGUCUCUCGCGGGUGGUGGGGGUCUCGGGCGCGAGGGGGGGGGGCCAGAAGGGGGCGUACGCUCCGCUCACGGCCCACGGGACCCUGGUGGUGGACGGCAUGCUAGCCUCGUGUUACGCCGCGGUCGACGGCCACGAGCUAGCGCACGCAGCGUUCGCGCCGCUGAGGCUUCUGGGUAGGUGGUGGGGUGGAGGGAGAGAGGGGGGGGAGGGGCUACACUGGUACGGAAGGGUCUUACACUGGGUGGGCCGGAAGUUGCUGGACCCGGGGAGGUUUCACCCACUGGGCAUGGCCGAGGACGGCUGGUGAGGGUGAUGGGGAAGGGUUAGGACGCUAACACUAACGGACAAAGCUAGUUGGAACUUAAAGACGGCGCUCAGAAAAACAAGUGGGGGAGGCUGUGCGUGCGAGUUUGUGUAUGCGUGCGAGUGUGUGUGUGCACAUAUGACUGUUUGUGCGAGUGUGGGUGUUGGUGGGACUCUGGGCGCGUGUGAGUGCGAGUGUGCGCGCGGGUGCCUAAGAAUUGCGUGCUCUGAAUGUAUUUCGUCCGUCGGGGCUUUUGGCGUGAGGACCAACUAUUCACGAAAUGGACAAGCCUCUUUUUUGCCACGAUUUCAUCAAACGAGGAUUCCUCCGUCGCUGAACUCUAACGUAACAGCAGACACCGCGCUGUUCCCUUUGAGCGGCCCUCAA